AUGGGAGAGUACGUCCUCGGUGCUCACACUGGAGAAGCAGCGCUCGACAAGUCUCAGUUUAACUUUGCCACAGUGUGUCACAAUGGAAAUGUGACAUUACUCCGUUUAAAUUAUUUAACUUUCUCUUGCUGCUCCUGCCGUCACUUUUUUUUUAAUCUUCUUUCAGAGCUCACACACGAGUUUCUGCAGAUUCUGGAGAAAACGCCCAGCCGGUUGAAACGGAUUCGCAACUGGAAGGCCGGAGGCCAGACACCGAAAGCUAAGCCAAAAGUCCAGGAGGAGGGCGACCAGAGGGACACCAUGAUGAGCAUGAUCUCUAUGGCUUCAUCAGAGAGCACCGUGGCGGGCUUGAUGAGCCUCUCCGCUCCGCCGUCCGCCUCCUCUUCCUCAUCAUCCGUCGGUGACAAGGACAGGGUCGCGUCUGGCAGCGCUGCGACUUGGAGUGGAAAAGGUCAGGCUGGAUCAGAGCAGCAGCAGCAGCAGCAACAACAACCGCAGCCCAACAACGAGGUUCACGCUCCAGCUAAGGUGUCGCUGAGUGAGUACCGGGCCAAGAACGCAGACGUCCUGGCUGCUCAGAAGAGGAAGCUGGAGAACAUGGAGGCCAGCGUGAAGAGGGACUACGCCAACGCCGCCCAGGCUCUCAUCGGUCAACAGCAGAGGAAGGAGAAGCAACAGCAUCAUCACCAGCAGUCCAGCUCCUCCUCCUCUGACAUGUCCAACCCGUCGCCCAUUAUCCUGAAAAUCCCCUUAGAGAAGGAGAGGCACGAGAGGACCUCUCUGAAAAUGCGCUUCCCCCUUGCUGGGGGAGGAGGCAGCGGGCACAGCGGCAGCGCCCGCGGCCAAGAACAGGACAUUAAAGUCAGAAUACGAGUGCCUGAGAAGCAAAGGGGGAGUUCGGGAGAGGAGGGCAAGAGCAGGGACAAGCACAGGGAACGCUCGAACCACCACCACCACCAUCACCACCACCACCACCAUUCCUCCUCCAGCAGUGCCUCUCUCUCCUCCUCACACAAACACUCAUCUAGCUCUAGCGGGGCUGUAGGAAGCAGCAAAAAGGUCCCCAGCGACUCCUCUAGAACGAGCUCUUCAUCUUCUUCUGCUUCUCGUAAGAGGACGCACUCCCAAGAUCCCACGGCGGGCGCUCACCCUCCCUCUAAAGUCAGCAAAUCAUCGAGGAACCCCUACCAGUUACCGUCCCUGUCUUCCUCCUCGGGGCAGGCUCUGGGUCACGGCCCUGACAUUCUCCCCGCCCUGGGCCUCCCCCACCACCAGGGGAGCUAUCCGCACUCCAAAGGCGACAAAACGGACACUAACGGGCACGGUGCAGCAGGCGGGGCCCAGUCGAACGAGUACCAGGACACUUUUGAAAUGCUGAACUCACUUCUGAGCGCACAGGGGGUCCAGCCGUCCCAGCCGUCCAUGUUUGACUACAGAUCCCAGUACGGGGAAUAUCGGUACAGUGGUGGCUCCAGAGGGAGCAACCCCAGACCCCCACCCCUCCCCUCAGAACCGCCUCCCCCACUGCCGCCGCUACCCAAAUAAAUUCCUAAUCAGGAGAUGUAUUAUGUAUAUUGUACUUGACAUCAUGAACAUCCAUCUUGUUACAUAAAGUAUUGUUUUUGUUUUUGUUUUUUUUAAAGAAUCGCCCAGCUUUUUUUUUAUCUGCCUCCGUGUGACAGCAGCAAAAUGUACCAGUGGGAUAAAACUUUUUCCUUUUUACACUUGUGGGGCAAUAAUGAUGAGAAGCUUCAAAAGCUUGCAAAAUAUGUGAGACAUUUUAAAAAAAAUACACAAAAGUGUAUAUAAUAUUUUUGUUCUUUUGUUUAACUCAAAUGAAAUGUGAUGAUGGGACCUGGUAUUUUUAGAAAUCACUGUUUUGGAGGAACUCGUUGUCUAGAAAUCAUGAGGAAGCUAAAAGAUCUCCAUCGCGUACCUGUUAGGUCUUCUUACUGAUUGUCUUUUUAUAAUGUUUUGAUAGUAUGUUAUUUAUUAAUUGAAUGCUUUUAAAAGAAAAAACAGUCCCCUUUUCUACCUUUUUUAAGGUUUCCCCUCUUUGUUCUUUUCAGGCGGAGGGAUAUUUCUUCAUCAAAACUGUACAGGCUAGUUUGAGAGUGCAUGUCUCCAAAGCCAUCUUUUCAAUAUUUUUCUUUUUUCUUUAUAUUUUCCCCCCUUUUUUUAACAGCCAUAACCUAAAAAAAUAGGCGAUUGCCCACCCCUGGUGUUUAUUUUCCUUUAUUAUUUGGUAAACUUGUACAAAGACUGUAAAGUGUUUAAAACAAACAUGAGAUAUUUUUUACAUUUUGUUAUGAAAAAUUGCAAAAAAAGGUGUAAAUUAAAGAAGCUCGUACCUUCUUUUUUGUUUUUAGAUUUUGAGUGAUGCAGUCAUUGUUUUAAAUGGUUGUAAGAUAUUCAUAUUCAGUUCUCUGAUGAUUACACUAAUGGUUAAAGUUCAUACCAAGGAUACACGUCUAUGGUUUAUCAAAGGGUUCAAACAUAUCUACAUGGUAUGGUCACAAUGAAGGAAUUACCAACUUUUUUAAAAAAAACAACGGAAGAAAAAAAUCCCUCUAGAGGAGAAAUGUGAGUUUUUAAUCCUGUCAUGUAAUUUGUCACUUGUUUAUUAGUUUUCUCUGGAGGGUGAGUCUGUUUUUAUGGUGAUCACUGUUAAAAAUGACAAAAUGAGCAGAAUGAAUAAAACAUUUUAAGUGGCGUUGGCAUCAGCAGCGCCCUGAAACUGUGCCGGAAAAAAAACAUGUUUUUCUUUGUGGUGACCAUAUCGAGCACAGUCUACAAUUAAAGUUUUCACAAUACACUAUAUCAAAGACUUAUUAAACGCCAUCUGUCUGUUUUUUUAUGGUCGUCUUUCAUUUAUGAAUUUUCCUUUUGGGGUGUUUUAAAAAUGUGUGAACCACAGUGUACGCCUGUCAAAUCAUGCUGGUCUGUUUUAAUCAUGUUAAAGCCGUCUUUUGACUUUCGAAAUCAACAGUUUGAUUGUUUAUAAUCCAUCAACAAGCCAUGAUUCAUCCAAAAUGUUUGCUCGUGUUCUUUUAUUUUGUGUAAAUCGUGCACGGCAAGCAGGUUAUCGACAUACCUCCACGACAGGGUCAUGAGCAUGAAGCAUAAUACUCUAUAAUUCAUUUGAAUUGAUGAUAAACUUGUGUUUGAUCAAAGCGGGAAGCCCUUUGUUGGCACGAGAAUCGGGUAUCAUCUGUACAUUUAAUACAUACUAAGAUUUAUGUGGUUUUGAUUGUAUAGUGUUACUGCUUUUUACCUGCUUUCUUUUGUCAGUUUGUAAUCAAAAACCUCUUAUAGGCAGUCCACGGUAAUGCAGUACAACAAAUCAUCAGCCAUACAAUUGUAAAAUAUUUUUGUUCCCUUGAUUAUAUGGAAGAUAAGCUGAACAGAGUACAGCUCUUUGCUCAGGCAGCAGAGGUUUUAUUCAACUUUUAUUGGUUGUAACAGGGAAACAGUAAAUGCACUGAAUAUUUAUCUCAGUAGGUUUGCCUACGAUGCAAUUGACAAAGUGUUACAUGUAUAAUGGUUAGGCUGUUAGAAUAGUUGUCCAAUAUAUUGCCAUUUUUUGGAAAAUUGUUUAUUUGAUCUGGACAAAUCCUCCAAUUUGAAGUAUUAACUUUUUGCUGUGAGAAAGUCAUAAAAAAACGGACAUGCAAUUCAAAAUAAAACCCAUCUGUGCGAAAAAUGGAAGACACUCAUGCAACCUAACAAUGCAAAGUCACAUAGCUACAAUAAGUUUCAUGUUUUUUCAUGUCUUGGUGUUUUAGUGACACUCAGGUCUGGAAAUUUUUGGGAUCUUUUUGUUUUGUUUUGUUUUCAGUUAAAAUGUUAUAUGUGAACACUGUUCUUUUUGAUAUAAUGUGGUUGCUUUAUUCUCAAUUAAAGUCAAUAAAUAUUUUAAGAAAAA